GAUCUCAUCAGGAGCUUGGCUUCUUCUGUGGAGCAAGAGCAAGUCUAUGCUGCUCAGGCCCUAGGCUGCCUGGGAGAAACGAAUGAGCUGGUCCUCUCUGCACUGCAGAAUGCUCUACAGGUAUGCAGGAGUCUGCCCGUGCGGUAUGAAGUAACCAGGAGCCUUGUUUUACUGGGGUGCCUGGAAGCUGCUGUUGUGCGGGAGCUGAUCGGACAGCUGAAGCGGGGAAGCCCGAUGCGGAGAAUGGACAUGCUGGCUGCUCUGAGGGUGGCUCUGCAUACAUGGGCUGCAGCCCCCGAGUUCCAGAGGAUGCUGGUGGCUGCCCGGUCCAGACUCAUCCAGAUCCUCGAGCAACUGGCAUCCUCACAGGGUCCCACAGAUGAUUCCAGCUUCUCUGCAGCCGCCUGCUUGGCGUACCUGGACUCUUCCAACCCCACUGCCCGCGAGACCCUGCAGAGGUGCCUGGUGCUGGAGGACAGGAAGAUGAAGAUGCAGGCUUUGAUUCUGCUGGUCAGGUACAUGAAGAUAGCCAGUGCCACUAUCAUCCAGGCCCUUCUAGAUCAGCUUUGCCAUUCUCCAGUUUACAAGUAUCGUGCCGAUUCUGCCAGUUUGCUGAGCUGCAUUGGGUUAUGGCGGAUCCAGCAGGAAGAUCUGGAAGAUGAGGUGUUUAUGGUACUGCUAGAAAAGCUGCACUGCGAGCCAUUUCUGGUAGUCAGGCAGACGGUGGCAAUGACUGUGGAAGUUUUGCACAUGAAGGAACAGGUGUGGGAUAUUGUGGAGAACCGGCUGAAAGAGAAGUGCAAGGUGACCAGAAGACAGGCCGUUGCUUCAUUGGGUGCCCUUGGUCUUCCCAAUAAGCAGGUGUUCUUUACCCUGCUGGAGAUGCUGGAGACAGACAGCAGUGAGGCGGUCCGCAUACAAGUUAUCAAGACAUUUUCCAUUCUGGGGAUGAACAAAAGACAUGUGUUGAAGAGCUUGCUGAUGAAAGUAGACCCAAAAGGGCCUCUAGGCAGAGAAUGUGUGAAAGCCUUGAGAGGCCUCCAGAAAUCUCCCAGCACCCAAAGAGACCCAACGCUCAGAGACUAUGAGAUCUCCCAAGAGGUGGUGACUGGAGUGUCGCCUCUAGCAUCCUGUGUGCUCAGAGCCGGCAGAUGAUGUGGAGACAACGCACAGGGAUUAAAACAGCCUUUGCCAUUUGGGGAUUUUCA